GUUAGUGCACUCAACUGCAUCUGGUAGUAGUGAAAGCUUUCUAUAGUAUUUUAAAUGGACAGUUUUCUAUUAGAAUUAAUCGUAUUUUCUGUGUGUACUGCUAUCAGAGUGACAAAAUCGGAGUGACAAAAUCGUGGAUUUUAGCUGAUGUCAGUGUCUCUUGUUUCAUUAUUUAAUUCGGAGAGGAACAGCUCUGUAAAAGUCUCUUGAGUGUGAAUUUUAAAAGUAUUUCUUGCCAUUAGGGUGUGGAUUUUAGUGCAUGAUUGCAGUGCUACGCUUGCAAUUGACACGAAUAUUGACGUUUUGAGUAGAUUUUUUUUUCCCCAGUCGAACGCUACCAUCGGAAAAUCUGAAGUCUUUUGUUGCAUACAAAGAGGGAAAAUAAUCAAGAUAUAUAUAUUGAAGUGAAACUGAAAGAAAAUCAUUGCUUCUAAAAUUAAUGAACUAUGGGAAUAUAGUUAAAUGAGUUUUUUAAUUUAAGCCCAUUAUUAUAGUACAUGUUGUAAUGCUUAAAUGGAUUUACAAUACUGAGUAAAUGUGAUCGAACGAGGAACUUCUCUGAUAUUGUUGCAUGUAAUUUGAUUAUUGAUAGGAGCAGUUGUCGAAAAACUAUCUUUACAUUAACGUCCACAGUUACAAUUUCAUUUAUUAAUUAUGAUUGCACUGAUGCCGUCACCAGAUUAAAACCAUUCACGAAAGCUGCGUUGGAUUUAUCAUUGAUUGGAUUUUUAUCGGGUGAAAGUUAAAACUUUUAUGAGAUUGCAUGACAAGCUGAAAGAUACAGAACUUAUUUCAGGAUUAUAGAGACAACUGUAAAAAAGAGGUUCCCAACUUCAAAUAUUAGAAAGAUGAAAGGUAAUGAUUGAUUCGAGAUUUACAGAUUCUGCCGUCAAAGGACUGAACUGAAGAUGAUGCUGCUCAGUAACUGGGGAUAAGGUUUAUAAAGCAGGCUGCUGAUAGAGAGAAAAAAAAAACACUAAAAAUGGCUUCAGACAACUUUCGGAAACUAGGAUUUAUACUUGUUCUAACUUUAAGUGCAGUAAAUUUAACAACUGGACAGGAUUAUAAAAUAACUUUCACAAAAGAUGAAGAGUUAGAAAAAUGGACUUUUGUUGGAAAUGUAUCAGAUGCACCUGGAUUCUUAAGGUCUAUUCCGGCAGCAGAUCGAGGAAGUUUGUUGUUCCAUUUCUUGGAGCAGACAAUGAUUAAUUCCAUACUUAGCAUCCAUGAUGAGACUGGUUCCCUAUUUACUACUGUCGUUAUUGAUAGGGAAUCAAUCCCAGAAUGCCGUGUACCCGAUCCAUGUGUUCUAUCCUUUGACAUUGCCGCAACUUCAGAACGGAAAGAUAGUUCUUUAUUUGAGAUCAUUUCUGUAAAUUUUGUAAUCAACGAUAUAAACGAUAAUUCGCCAACUUUUCCACGUGAUACUCAAGCAAUUGCUAUAUCAGAAGCAGCUGUAAACGGGUCGUCAUAUUUGAUUGAAAGCGCAAAUGACAAUGACACAGGUGCAAAUAAUUCCAUUCAGUAUUACGAACUUAUUGGUGAUUUAAAUGUUUUCGCAUUAGAUGUAGAACGUAAACUCGAUGGAAGUCUUUCAGUAAAACUUCUUAUAAUUGGAAAGUUAGAUCGAGAAAGGAAAGAUUCUUAUACUUGUACUGUAAUUGCCAAAGAUGGCGGCAGACCUCAACGAUCUGGCACGAUGGAAUUAAAUAUUACUAUUACGGAUGAAAAUGAUAAUGCACCAUACUUUACUAAAACUGCUUAUAACAUAACUGUAAAGGAAGAUACUGAAGAUGGCACUGGUAUUUUGCAGAUUAGUGCAACUGAUAAUGACAUUAAAGAAAAUAGUUGGUUGUUAUAUCGUCUCAGUCCACAUCAGUCAGAUCUUGAAGAACUUAAGUCGCUGUUUUACAUUAAUGAACACACAGGCGUUCUUAGUGUGAUUGGCCAGUUGGUAUACGAACCAGGAAAAAUUUACAAAAUAAUUGUAGAGGCCGUAGAUCGAGGAAAGCCUUCACUGUUGUCCACAAAUCAAGCUGUGGUAACAGUUUACGUAGAGGAUACUGGAAAUAACCCUCCAACUGUAAAAAUUAAUCUUUUAUCAAGUGGCACUGGCCGUGUUGUCAAUGUUUCUGAAUUUUCGACAGUAGAUACUUUCGUUGCCCAUGUUGAAGUGAAAGAUAAGGACACGGGACAGAAUGGAGAUGUUAGUUGUUCCGUUGAUGACUCCUUUUUUGCUCUUAAAGCUUUAUCAAAUAAGGGCUUUAAAGUUGUUGUAGCUAAAACAUUAGACAGUGAAAAACAAGAUCUUCAUACGGUAGUCGUAACUUGUAAGGAUAAAGGUAACCCUGUUCUAAGUUCUUCUGAUAAUUUCCUUGUACGUGUUACUGAUGAGAAUGACAGCACCCCGAAAUUCACAAAAAGGAAAUAUUAUGAAGAUUUCUUUGAAAAUAAUGACAGAGGAGACUUAGUGAUAUCUGUAAGAGCAACAGAUGCUGAUAAAAGUAACACAAAUAACUCCAAGAUUGAAUAUUAUUUAGAACCAGCAGUACGGGACUACUUUGCAAUUGACGCAAGCACUGGGACAAUUAGGGCACUUGCACCUUUUGACCGAGAAGACAAAAGUGUGUGGACUUUUAAAGUGUUUGCGCGUGAUUUUGGAAAACCACCACUCACUGGUAAUGCAACUGUCAAUAUCCGAAUAAAAGAUCAAAAUGAUAAUGCUCCAAAAUUUUCAAAUGCAACUUUUCAUUUCUAUGUUCAAGAAAAUCUUCCAUCUGGAACUGUUGUUGAUAGACUAACAGCAAAGGAUUAUGAUGUUGAGGAAAAUGGAAUGUUCACUUAUGCUAUUUCUGAUACAAAAGAAACAAAACUGCCAUUUUUACUCUUCCCUGAUGGAGUUAUAAAAACGACUAUGGAAUUAGAUAGAGAAAAGAAAGAGUCUUACGAAUUUACUGUUAUUGCAAUAGAUAAAGGAGUUCCAAAAAGAACUAGUAGUGCUAAUGUUGUUGUUAAAGUGACUGAUGUUAAUGACGAAUCACCUAAAAUUGUGUUCCCUAAAAAAGACAUAAAUGAUACAAUCGUUAUCGAUCAUUUAAAACCAAGCGGAAGUUUCAUUACAAAAAUAGAAGCUUACGAUCUAGAUGAGGGUGAUAAUAGUAAAUUGUCAUAUGUUAUCGAAGAAGGUAAUGCAAAUAGGUUGUUUUUACUUAAUCUUAAAUCUGGAGUGCUUUCAGUUGCUCAGCCGUAUGAAGUAGAAGAGAAUGCAGAAGAGAAAUUUACGUUGGUUAUUGCAGUGCAUGAUGGGGGAAUACCUCAAAGAUCCGAAAGAGGAGAAUUAAAUGUUGUAAUUAAAUACAGUAACGAGACAACCACUGAGCCGCCACCUGUAAGUUCAGGACCAAACACUAAUAUUGUUAUAGUCAUAGUGGUUAUAUUUUUGACGUUCUUCUUGUCUUUGGCGAUUAUAAUUGUGAUCUGCGUCAUACGAAAGUUUGACAGAGAUAGAAUGAAGACUCAGAAUAUUCAAAUAAACAAGCUUCCAAAUAACAUGACUGAGAUUAGAGACAAUACUGCUAAUGGUACGAUCAUGUCCCGUCCAUACGAUAAAGUCGACUCGCUGAAAAAGAAAAAGGAAGUCAGUUUUUCAUUUGAGGACGAUUUAGAUGGGCUUGGAGAUCACGAAUUGAGCUUCUCAAACAAUUCUGUGUUCACGGAGCCAGUUACAGAGGUGCCCCAUCAUGAGAGACAGACCAGUCACCAAAUGAAAACGUUCCAGCUACAGCAGGCCCUGCUUAACUCCCAGACUAAACCAUGGACACAAACUAAUGGUCAAAAACCUACAGAGGGUACUCCAAAUGAAAAAGAUACAAAUAGUGACACAUCACGAGAGACGGUUACGAGUGACAGUGGACGAGGAGGUAGUGAUGAUGAUCUCCCCUUGUCACACAAUAAUAGUAAAGAUGAGAGGGAAUCUCAUUUAUCCAGUAGUGGUGGAGGAUCACAAUUUCUAAAGUGUUCACUGCCCAAAAAACACUCGCAUAGCAAUUAUGUGCCGCCUAACGCGGGAACUGGAAACUAUUCACUCACUAAUGUACAAAACUGUUCACUACCACCGCAUAGAAAUUCCAGACCUCAAUCCACAGAUCUCACUGAAAGAAUUCCAAAUAAUAAAAUUCCUAUGGAAAGGUCUUUGUCAAACUUGGUAGAAGGUGAAAAACCAAAAUUUACAGUGCGGAAACCGUAUAUUGACAGAGAAAAAAUAGACAAGAAAUCAGAAAGCUGGGUACCAUCAUAUGUGUAAUAAAUUAAUAAGUCUAGGAUGCAGGUGCCAUAUAAAACUAAACUGAUUCACAGGUACCAAUACUGAAAGAAACGGUUCCCGAAUCUUGGUACCAGUGCAAAAUUGAGAAAGAGAGUUCUGCAAGCCAGGUGCCAGUAACUAGGGAAUCAGAAUAACUUGUUUAAGUACAUUUUCUGAAUUCUAAGCCUGGAACCAGCAGAAACAAAAUUUCCAUAAGGUGCUGUCAGAACAAAAUCAGUGCAUUUAAUGCAAGACUCUACUGACCUUGACCUUGAAGAUAAAACUGCCAGAGAUGGAGCUGGGUUUGUGUAGAAAUUUGCCGACGGAAGCUGUUGAACUGUCUAGAAUAUGUUCCGUGUUGUUUUUAGUGCUGCCAAUUUAUUUUUAUCAUGUUAAUCAAAAUGAUUUGACAUUUUGUAAUUUGUUUGUUGCCACACUGUGAGCUUCAUAGAAGUUUGUUAUGAAAAUUGACACAUUGUUUAGUAUAUACAUAGAACAGGUAUAAAAUGUACAUGGUAUAAGAGGAAAUUUAUGUUUCACAGUAUAAAAAAAAACUUUUCCUGAAAAUGGUAGUAUUUGAUUUAAUUAAAUCUCUUACAACCAUUAAAACAAAAACAGGAUAUUAAAGAAUCCUAUGCUUUAUCAAUGUGUAUUUCUAAUGACAGCAAAAGUAACUCGUUUUUAGACACAAAUCUAUUAAUAGAAAAAUAAUUUCUCACAUAGCCACAUAUAUAAUGUAAUAUGAAAUUUCUUACUCAUUACUAUUACUAAGAGAAUGUAGUUACAAAACAUACAGAAAUUUCUCAGUCAUAGAAAAAAACAAACAAAAGGAAGAGACACUGUAAAAGAAAGACAGAGAUGUUAUGAUUUCGGAUACAAGAUUUCGGAUAUAUGUGGUUUUAUUAAAAUCAAAAGUAGAUUUAUGUGUUUUAUAAAACAUUCUAGUGGGAUUUCAACUUUUUUACCAUAUCUCCUGGAAGGCUUAUAUGGAAUAUAACGCAAAUCUUUCACCCACCCCACCCAAACCAACAGAAAUUUUCAUCUUCUACAUUGGUAAGAAAGGUCUGUCUAGACAGUUCUCAUUUCAUUUAAGAAUUGUAAAUGAUAUAGCUUUCAGAAAAUGGUCUAACGACUUUGUCAUUUAAUCAAUGAAUAAUUUGUAUAUUGCUGUAUAUAGACACAAACUUGUGAUAUCUACUAGAUAGACAAAUAUAUCGAAAACUUGACAGGCCACAAUACCUCAUUUCUGUGAUUGUAUAUAUCUUCAGUCACAGGUUAUUGUUGGUUAAUAGUAGAAUUCUUUUUUAUUCCAGAAUGCUAACUUCUUAAUAUUGACAAAGUUUUACAUUUUUCACACAGAUUGUAUUCAUUUAAAAUAUAAGCUUAACUUAAACUUCAUUGAAAUGUUGCUUUCUUUAUUAUAGCAAUUUGAUUGGGUUACAAGUUGAAACUAACUUCAGUUUUCCAAAAAUCUGACAAAAAAUGUCAUUUCACUUUUAUAUAAAGACCAAAAAAAAAUAGCAAGUUAGUAAUUAGUUAUUAAACCUUCCUUUUUCUGACAGACUGAUUCGAAAGCCCUAUAUCAUCGGUACCCAGCCUCAAAAGCCAAGGAUAUGAUUGGUUGGUUUGAAACAUAAUUUUGAAGUGGACCAAUGGCAAGCCUACUUUCUCAGACUGGUCCCCAGAUUCAGUUUUUUAACCUCAGAAAACCUGUUUUUGCAUAGAUUAUUUUGGAAGGAUGCUGUGUGUGGUAGUAAACAAAUUUCAUCUAUGCAGAAGCAUGCUAUAGAACUGUGAUAAGCUAGGAUUAAAUAUUUAUUCUUCAUAUUUUAUCUACUGUUGCCAUGAUUCUAAUUGUGGGUUGUCAUGUAAAAAGGGACUUCCUGAUUAUAUUUGUUGAAAUUUUCAUUUAUACAGAUUCUGAAAUUUUUAAUCUUUUUCUGUGAAAGAAUAUAUAUUUAUAUCUUUCUGAAUGUUUGGUUAAAUGAAGUACAGUUAUUUGAUUAGAAUUAGUGUGUUAUUUUAAAUAAACAGCUUUUUUAGCUUACUGCCUUUUUGACCUGACAGCUCACAAAUUAUGUUUAAAGAAUCUGUAAAUGUUUGCCUGAAUCAAGUUGAACAAGAUUUUGAGAUGUCAGUUUUUAAAGUAAAUAACUUCUGUUAAUUUUAGAACAGUGUUGUAUGAAAGAUGUCAGUUUUGCAUCAGACUUUUACAAUAAUCACAGAAUAACAUACUGUAUGUUUAUGAAAAGUGAUGAGAUUUUUUAUAUCAAAUUUCAUUUUAGGUGUCAGUUUACUUCUGUUUAAAUGUUCUUUAUCCAGUGCUGCAACUGCUUUGUGUUUUUCAGAGAUAUUUUUUACUCAAAUCAAAAACAGAAAAUAUCAUGUAUUUUAAAUAUCAUCAAGCCAAAAAUCAACAUUGUUACAUAAUAUUCUGUACUGUUCUUUAGAAUAUCUUUUUAAUUAUCUAUGAUGUCCUUUUUAUUUUAUUCCAAUUCUUCCACAUUUUCUACUUUUAUAAUGUGUUCAGAUAAUAUUUUCAAGUAUUUCAUUUUAUAAGGUGUUUUUUUCCUGUUUAUUUUUAUACUGUCUGUAAUAUUAUUGUCAAAUACUGAUGAACUUUUUUUUCUGCAGUCAAUCUGACAAGAUAUCUUUCUAGUACUUUUAAGUGGAUUUUCAAGGCCAGUAGUAUGCUGUAUCAGAAAAGAAAAAUGAUUUUUACAGAUUAAAAUAUUAGUUUUAAAUUCGAAAUAUGAAAAAAAUGCCUGGAGAUAGAUUAUAGUUGUUAACAUAAAAGGAAAACACAGAUGUAAUACUAGGGUAGAUGAUAUUUUGGAUGUUCUCCCAGCAGGUCACAUGAUUAAUAUCCAGGAGGAAAGCGGUUUAUCCUCAUAUAGUUUUGGAUAUUUUGUCCUUGUCCAGUUUUACCAAAAACUUGUAGUCCUACUUCACAUUAUUAUGUAAUAUUUGCAAAAAACAUAAUUUAACUAUGAUAUAUUUUGGUAUGUUCAAUUUUUGUUAUUAGCUGCAGCAGCAAAUUAACCCUGCUAACAGACCUGUCCAAAAUAUUCCAAAGUAUGAUUCUACAGAUAUUAAAUGCAGUACUGCUUUAUCCCGGGACACGCUCAUGAUUUAAAAAACUAGUCAACAUUCACAAUAAAGCUUAUACAAAAUUAGGUUAAAUAAUAAAAACUAAAAUGCAUUUAAUCCGCAGGGCUAAGUGUCCUGAUAAUAAACAGCAUGUAAGAAUUCGAUUAAUUUUAAACUAAAUGACUCAAAGGAUCUACCAUCAGUCUUUAUAAUCAUUAUAAGCCGAGACUAUGUUUGAUUAACAAGCUCUAUUUAUUUCAAGACUGAUUACCGUAGUAAUCCAUUUAAAAUCAUUACAAGAGAACAGAAGACUUAACUUCUAAUAAAGGAAACGUUUAACGUGUCUUUGAUUAUUUAUGCAUGGGGAACUUUCUGAAGAUUUUGUAUUUUAAAUUGCUGGAGAUUGUUGUAAUCUUUUACAUGGUAAUUUUCUCUAGCAGGAAAAUUGAAGAGAAGGAUCGGAAAGUUAAUUUAAGCUAAUGAACGAAAGAGAAUCUAUAAAGAGGUAGAGGCUUUAACAGACAUGUAUAUACAGAUAUAGAAAAUUCCUAGAAAUGCAUUUUUUUCAACAAAAAAAUGAAAGCUGAUGAUAUUGAGUAGCUUAAACAUACACAGUUUUUUAACUUCAGCAAUAGGUUUUACAAAUGCUUUAUAAUGUACAUUAAAAUUCUGUUGAAAUUAAUAUGUUCUUAAUUUUGACUUCUAACUUAGUAUUGCUAAUUGAAAUUUAAAAGAAAAAGAAGACUUGUACCCGACUGUACAUGUACAUAAAAUGUCAUUCUCUCUAAUGACCGAGACAUUAUCCAGGGCAAAAAUCGCCGAUUUCUAUCGUAAAACGUAACAUAAUCAGUCCAUAUUUAACGGUAGUUAUUAAUCCAUGCCAUCUUUGUCCAGAAAGUUCCACUGGGAUUCUUUUUAUCUUUAUACGAUCUUGUAUUCCUGUUUACUCAUUUUAUUCAAAAUAAUGAAUUCCUAUAAAGCUUCAUUUUUAUUGUCAAUUUCCAAAGUGCAUUUCCUCAUUAACUCGCAAACUUCAUGCAGACUUUGAUGCAUUUUCUGACGAUGUUUUGCCUUGUUUGAGUACCAUGUUAAAAAUAAGCAUGUAAAUGCGUUUAGCACAGUGCCAGUAAUGGCCGUCUGCAGAUAUCUUGUCUUAAUCGCCCAUAAAGGAAACAAGCGAUCGUUUUAUAACAAUAUGACAGAUGGAUCCAUGUUUUUAGGAAGCCAUUAAUACUACGGUUGGGAACCCAUUCAUAUAUUGGUCCAUUAUGUGUCCAUUGGUCAUAAUAUUCGGCACCGUAAAAGCUAAAAUGUAAAAAAAUGUGACCACUUAGUUGUGAAUAUGUUACUUUUUGCAGAAUACUCUUCGUUAGAAAAGAGGAAACAUGUUUCCGUUAUCCUAGAAAUUAAAUGUUUGAAAUCAGACAUAACGUUUCCUGUCUGGUCAUCAUCUCUAUAGAAUGGGGAGAGAUUCCCGAAGUGAUACAGAGACGAGGAGGCUUUAUCGUAAACUUCUCAGCAACAUCAAUAUUUUCCGACAUUACUUGACACAAUAGGUUGAGUUUCAGUUAGAUGUAAUUGUUUUACAUUGAACUAUUAUUGACAAAAAUAAUGCAAACUUGUAGCCUUGAAAAAUGGUAAAAACUGCUCUUAUUAACUGUGGAAUAUUAAUACCAUAAAUACUCCCAUCUUAUUUUAAUUUCUUAUUGCCAAGUUUUAUGCGAAAUAAACAUUAAAUUCUUGCUGAAGAGCACAUAGUUAUAUUGAGCUUAUUUGAUUCAAAGGAACACACAUAGAAUUAUCUCAUUUUUUUUAUAAUUCAGUGUUUUUCAAUGUAUUUCCAUGGUUAGUACAGUGAAGUUGAGCUAUUUAGGGUAAUUUGUGCAUUCUUUAUUCUAAUUAACCUUCACCCUGCUAAAUUUCUAAAAUGAACUGGUCCAUCAUUUAAUUUAUUAUUCGAAGGGAUGUUCACUGAAAAUUUACUGACUGAAUAGCAAACAGAGCAGACCAAGAUCAGCCUGCACAGAUGUGCAGGCUGAUCUUGAUCUGCACUGGUUGCAAAGGCAGAAUCACUUGCCGCCAGCAGGCUAAAAAUUAAAUAAUAUGCUUUUAUGAAUUUCAAUACAGAAAUGUCAGUUUUAAAACAAUAAAAAAUGAGAUGUUCGUCAAGAGGGAUACCCUUAGCUUACUUUUCCCAAAUAAAUGACAGAUUCUGUUUGAUGAUUAAACUAAAAUAUGAAGAAAAGUUGCAUCGCUUGUCAUUAACGUGUACUUUUGAGAAAAAAUAUAAUUCUAGUCAUUUUGAAUCAGCAUUUCAUUUUUCUUUUUUUUUUUUUGUCUUGGAUUUUCUUUUCCGUAUAAUUAUCCUUUUUAAAAAUAUGACAGUAAAUAUGUAUUGAUACAUUCAAGUCAGUUUGACAAAGACUUUUAUGGCCGUAACUGUAACAAAGGUCAUCAAGAGAAAAGAAUUAGUGUUGCAUAAUCUAUUGAAGGUAACUUAUUGUUUUUUCUCAACCUUGUUAAUACAUGAUUAAUUAAGCUGAUAUGUAAUUAAUUAUUAAGACUACUGGCUGAUUGGUAGAAACUGGUCUGUGAGAACUGUAGCUUUCGUAAUAAGGUGAAUAAAAAAACGCAUCAGUCUGCUCAAAUGUUAUUCAAACUUCUACAAGUUUUUGAUUUUUUACUAAAAAGAAAGUCCCGAUAAUGCCAGUUAGGUUUUUCGUGAAAAUGCAGUAAAUGUAUGUUUUCAUGUCAUGUAUUCAUUAUAAGGAUUGAUUUUAAGAUUUGAGUAGGAAGGGUUAUAAGAGCCUUUUGCUUCCAUAUUUUGAAUACCGCAGGCAGUGUUUUGUUUACCAACGUUGACAUAACUUCCAAGCAUUUUAGUUUGGUCUUUUUCCACUAAGAUUUACUAUUUCCCCUAUUCGUGUAUAUGUAUUUAUUGAAAUACAGUAACUACAGGGUGUUCCUAUAUGUGUACCUGUACAGGUUUAUUAUCAUUAUUAUUACAUUGUACAGUAUGUUAUAAAUGUUAAUUGAUACAAAACAAUAAAAACAAGACUAUAAAAAAUA